UACAAUGUUUCUUCUUCUUCCUCUUCCACCUACAUUCAAGUUUCAGCUUCAAUUAUCCCAUUAUCAAUUCUAUUUAACAAGCUUUCUCACAUGGAUACUCUGGAAUCAAAGUAAGCAGGCAAGUGUCCUUAAAUCGCGCUAAUGUAAAUGGUUAUGAUUUUGGCUCCAAUUUGGUAUUUUGUCCAUGGUUAAAUCCAACCAACCUGAUUAAAUCUACACUCUGAUUUGUUUGCUCUAUCUAUUUAUUUUGCAAAUUGGGUGGCAGAAAGGUUGUAAGACAAGCUAGAGGAGUUUUUCAAAUGUGACUAUGAGUUGUUUGAUGAAUUGACCGGUUUAAUCAGGUCGGUUGCCUCACUCCAAUCAAAUGUUUGGAUUCUGUGACUAGCAUUUUCGACCAUCUCUUUGAUACUAUUUUGUCUGAUUAUGAAUCAUUUGGAGGAGAGGAGAAGCAUUGGAUGGCAUAGAGAUGAUAACACGUCCUACCUCAAGCAACAUCAUUUUUCAAUUUUCAGUGAGUGUUAUUCAACCCUUUUUUACGUAUUGAUAUCCUGUUAUAAUUUUUACGUAUUGAUAUCCUGUUAUAAUUUUCACUGUUUGAUGAAUUUUCAGUGUUAUUUCACCCUUUUUUACAACAGACAACUUUUGCCUUCAUUUGGUAAAACCAUUAAAGGCUCAUGUAGUCAAGGUGUUAUUCUCACAAAAGAAAUAAGCUUUAUCCUUCCAAAACUGAAGUGGUGAAUCCAGAUGCGAUACGAACCAAAUUAAAGUGAAACUCAAGUGAGUUGUCAUCUAACUUUUUUUUCCUGAUGAAGUGAAUUGUUGACAUAUUGGAUGAGAACAAGGCCAAAGCUCUCAAUCUCAUUUCUGAGAGAUAGCUGGCCAGUUUUCUUGAAGACGGAGGCAAAGAUGGUGUGGAUCAGAAGGUGACUGCUCGAGAUGAGUUUCAGCUACGAUUUCAAGGGCGCAGGCCAUAGAAACUAAACCUGAAUUAGAGAGAACAUCACGACGUCAAAUAUGACUUCAUGAUAACACUCCAAGAGGAUUGGGGAAGAAUGAAAGAAGCUUUAGAAUGUAUACUGGGUCGAUCUCUAGUUCUGUUGGGUUGAUCUCUCGUUCUUUGUUCAAUCCUUUCGAAGAAUACAACGUGCCACGUCAGUAAAUCUGCUGAUCUGGAAACUUUAAUUAGAAGAAUAAAUCCUGAGGUGGCGGCGUUAGCGCGCUUCAGAAUCUAUAUAUUAUAAUAGAUGGAUAGAUAGAUUGCCUCAAACUACAAGACAAAAAAAGUCUUCUUUUUUAGUCUAACUUAAUUAAUUUGUCAACAACCGUUGAGGCUGAUCUUGAGGCUUCCCCUUGAGCUUUUGGCUGUUUUGCUGUUCUGCUAUUUGCUGGUUCCUGUUUUUUCUGUUGUUUUUAUUUUCCUGGUUUGGUGUCCAUGCUGUACCUCUCUUGUCUUUUUGUAUGGUUCUUGUCUUGGUUACUCUAGCAAUCUUGAUCCUGUUUCUUUGUUUCUUGAUCUUCUUGUGACCUUGUGACAUUUUUUUAUAUAUCUUUGUUUCUUUUUUCCAAAAAAAAGUUGUCAACAACCGUAAUACAUGAAUCACCUUAGUUCUUAAUUAGAACACCCACUCAUGUGGGGCCUCAAUCUGCCACAAAAUUUAAAGGGUGAUUUGUUGGACACUUACAACCGCCACAAAUGUUAUGCACAGCUGGUAACGGAUCCUAUUUAGUGAUUCAGCAAUCUCGUUAAUGAUUUGUUAAUCACAUGUGUACAUAAACGGUCAUUAAGGUUAUAAAUAGUAGCUAGUUGUGAGUUAAAUUCUCAAGCUAAUCACUACUAGCAAGCUACAUCAUUGGUGCUUUCUUUACUCCAAUGGCUUCAACAGAUCCCACACAUGUAACAGAAAACCAAUCAAGAGAAGAAGAAAGUUUAAGCCGAGAAUGUAAGGAGCUAAUUCCCACUCUUCCUAGAGAGAAAGGCUGGACAGUACGCUAUCUCUAUCUAUUCCAAGGUUUUUGGUGCAACCCACAUAGAAUCCAACCUAUAUACACUUUUCAAAAGCAAUUCCAAGCCAAAGAUAGUGAUGUUAUUGUAGCCACUUAUCCAAAAUCAGGCACCACCUGGUUGAAAGCUCUUACCUUCGCAGUGGUAAACCGCCACAAUUUUCCUUCCUCAGAAAAUCAUCCACUACUCACUUCCAAUCCCCAUCACCUUGUGCCUUUCUUUGAAACCUCCAUUUAUGGUGAGAUGAUUCAUGACCAAAUUCCUGAUCUAUCAAACGUGAUUGAGAGAAGAAUUUUUGGCACUCACGUUCCGUUCCCUUCAUUGGCCAAGUCCAUCAAGGACAACUCCAAAUGUAAGAUAAUUUAUCUUUGUAGGAAUCCAUUUGACAACUUUGUGUCUCUUUGGAUGUUCGUCAACAAAGUGAAGCUUGAAUCUGCACCUACAUUGAUGUUGGAGGAAGCUUUUGAAAUGCACUGCAACGGGACGACAAGAUAUGGUCCGUUUUGGAACCAUAUAUUAGGUUACUGGAAGGAGAGCAUAGCUAGACCAGAAAAGGUUCUGUUCUUGAAGUAUGAGGAUCUUAAAGAUGAUGUUAAUUUUUAUGUGAAAAGAGUGGGAGAGUUCUUGGGCUGUCCUUUUACCCACGAAGAGGAAAGUAGUGGGGUGAUUGAAGACAUAGUGCAACUAUGUAGUUUUGAGAAGAUGAAGGAAUUAGAGGUAAAUAAAUGUGGAACUUUUACUAGGGAUGUUGGGAACAAGCAUUUCUUUCGGAAGGGUGAAGUAGGAGAUUGGGUAAAUUACCUUUCCCCUUCAAUGGUAGAAAAGUUAUCCAAAAUCAUUGAAGAAAAGUUUAGGGGUUCUGGUCUAUCAUUUAGAAUGUGCUCUUAAUUAGUAUCCCAAGAAAGCUCCCCAAUUAAUGUUUAAUUACAUAUAUGUUUGAAUCUAAGUUGUAGUGUGUUGUGUAAGCAUUCAUCUCAUUUAACCAUUUAAGUUUUCUUCAUUUUUUUAUUUUAAAAUGAGUGCACCAGCUAGCAUUAGUGCAGCAGAGUAUGAGUAUCAAAUAUAUAAAAUAAAUGGCUACAUAAGGAUAGUCCAUGUAGCUGGAAUAAGUAAUAUUUUAUUGCGUAAAACAAAUAUCUCUGAGGGGAAACAACGAGGACCCAUGGGGCAAGGUUGAGGGAAAACACUAAAGAGAUCUUGGACACUAAAGAGAUCUUGGACACCACAUCUUAACCCAAAACUUUAAGGCAUUAGGCUUAUGGGUCUAUCUCCUUAUAAACUCUCCCUCUUACCUUGGCUUCUCCGAUGUGGGACUUGACUCUAACACUUGAUUUCAACAAUCUCCCCCUCAAGUUUGAGUCCCUCAACCACAUCACUCAUGGUCCUCCUGUCUGCGGAAGCUAUCCACCUUGCACCGCCGUACGCUGCCAACGGAACCCGCCGCCUAGCCACACUGCUAGGAAGAUUUUCGACACAAGGAGCCGUCAUGGUCCCACGAACCUGGCUCUGAUACCACUUGUUGGGUAGAGUCACGACGAGGACCCAUGGGGCAAGGUCGAGGGGAAACACUAAAGAGAUCUUGGACACCAUAUCUUAGCCCAAAACCUUAAGGCAUUAGGUUUAUGGGUCCAUUUCCUUAUAAACUCUCCCUCUUACCUUAGCUUCUCCGAUGUGAGACUUGACUCUAACACUUGAUUCCAACAGUAUGAGUAUCCAAUAUAUAAAAUAAAUGGCUACAUAAGGAUAGUCCAUGUAGCUGGAACAAGUAAUAUUUUAUUGCGUAAAACAAAUAUGUCUAAGAAUUAGUCCAAGAGACCAUGUGAUUACCUCAACUACUGCUACUAUCAGAAAUCACCUUGGAUGGGAAGUGUGUGUUGAUCAAGGUUUGAUUUUUGAAUCUCGAAACUUUAGAUGUAUUCUUUCCCUUCCAAUAACUUAUGAGGAUGUUGUUUUUGACUUGGAAAAUCAAAGCAAAAGAAGCCUCACAUUUUUUAACAGCAGACUUGAAAGAUUUUUCAUGAUGGAUGAGUCUUAGGAUUGUUCAUCUUUGUGUCAUAGCAUGUACUAUCUUGGAGGUAAGCAUUAUGUUUCUCUUGGCUAGACUGAUGCAAAUUUGGGCUUGGUGUUAUUUCUUCAUUUGCAGAUGCCAAAGCUAUUCGAGGAGCAAGUCAUUUCAUCUAGCUAAAAUUUAAAAAGCUUUUUAUUUCAUGUGUUAUUUCCUCUUUAGACAGUCUCAUAUUUUGUUACAGUCCAAUGAACAUGAAUUUCUUUCAACAAUAAGAUUUAGUAGUAAAACUCUUCCUAUUUUUGGACAAUCUCACUCAGUAGAGUACUAUAAAAGCAUGCAUCUCCUCAUAUUAAGGAAAUUUUGCAUCCAAAUUUUGUUGUCAUAAGUUUCCCAUGAUCUGAGCCCAGUGAACUAAAGGGUAGAAUCAUCAAGCACAAUAAAAAUCAUUUCAAAUCACCCAAAAAAAAGAAUAUUUUUUCACAUCAGACUUACAUGAUAACACUUCUCUGACUUUAGAUGCAUUCUUUCUGUCAUCACUUCCAAUGACUUUAGAGGUUGUUAUUCUUCUGCCAUGCAGAAUCAAUUCAAAUGCUACCACACAUUUUUUGGCAUCAGCCUUGAAAGAUUACAGUGUUGGAUGGGUCUUAGGAUUGUUCCUCUGUGCCAUAGCAGGUACUAUCUUGGACGUUAGCAUUCUGUUUUCUUUGGCUAUACUGAUGCAAAUUGGGGCUUGGUGUUGGCUAGAGAUCAAUCUGGUGUUGUUUUUGUGGAGCAUAUCUCAGAUUCUCUUCUUCAAUAUAUGUAUUGAGGUUUUUGUGCGUUAUGUCUGAUGCUAAAUAUAUAAACUUAUGUUUUUUAUUUGACUUUGUUUUGCCUAUUAGUAUGCUCUUCUUUACUUUACUGUAUCCAAUCCCCCUUUUACUAUAAAAAUACAAACAUAUAUAAUCAUAAAAUACUUUCCUCUUUUGAGUCUGUCUUGGCUACUUGACUAUUUGAUUUUUCCACUCAUUCUUUGAAAAUGAAAUUCUAUAUAAUCAUAUAAAAGUUACCAUAAUAAAGUGUCCUAAAUACACAUAUAACACUUAUUAAAUUUUAAUUUAACUCUCAAAUUUGAUUUUUUUUUCUUGGCUAAGGUAUCUCCACAACCGUUAGCUGUGAGAUUAAUUCCCGUCCCACUAUUAGCGCACUAAGCAGUAGUAACCUGCCCAAUCAGUUUUUUUUCCAUUAACAGGUGUUAGGAUUUGAACCUCCAAACAUUUACUUAAGGGAUGAAGUAUUGACAUCAACCCACUUGGUUCUCAAAUUUGAUUUUUUUUUAUCACAGAAUUUAUGAAUUAAUUUUUUUUUUUAAUUCAGAUUUGGUGACCUGAGUAGAGGUAAUGGACUGGAGCUGUAAAGGUGAUCAGAAUUGGUAACAUCAAUAUUUGUGCCUUGACCAUAACAUUUCUGUAUGUUCAGUUCCCAAUUGAGUUUAUUGGCAAGUUAUUUUAUGUCAUAGACUCGAACAGGAAGUUCUUGGGUGUUUUCUCCAUGGCAGUAGGUGAGUUGUGUGCCUUUGAAGCGGACUCAAGGCAAUAAUGCAUGCCCUGCUUUUCUGCCAAUAAUGUGCCUUUGAUCUACUCAUGGUGGAAGUUGACUGUAUCAGGGUGUAGCAUAUUUUUAGGGAGUGGAACACCAUUGUUGAUUUCCUAGCUAAGUCGGGAUGUGUAAGGGAAAGACCGAUUUGGUCUCUGUUCGAUGAUGUCCAGUGACUAAAUUAAGGGUUAAUCUACCUGGUCCCGUCGGCUGUGUGUCUUGAACUGGAGCUAAUCAGGUUCGCUAUGGUAUGCAUUGCUUCUGUUUCCAUACUGGCCUCUGUUUUGUCCUGCUCAGUAUUGCCUGGUGUGUUUGACCGGUCCCCUUUGUGAGUUGUUGUUUUUUGCUGUCUGCUUCGUGAUCGUUUUUACUGGCACAAGGGAUGUUGUUUCUUUUCUGAAUCUAUCCUGGAGCAGUUUGGCCUAUCUUGACAGCUGGGCAUGUUUCUACUAUGAAAAUCCUAUUCUGUUUGGCAGCUGCUUUGGGUUCUCUUUUGCUGACUGUUUUAGCUUCUCGAGUGGCACCUCUUUGUUUUUGUUGCUGUCUCUUUGGCUGGCUCCUUUGUCUUUCUUUUUCCUUUUUGUGUUGGUUUCGGUUUGUGUCUUAUUUGUAAUGGAGCUGUGUCCUGGUCUAUUUUUGCUCACUUGGGAGAGGUUGUUCCCAUGCUCAUUUGAUCUAUAUUAUAUCUUUUUGUUUUCAA